CGAGAUUCCAAAUUUCUCAUCGUAUUCUAAUUUCUGUUUACGACUUCAGUGCGUAGGAAACGUGAUUGGAGCAUAUUUGUGGAUCCGUGUUCUUGGCCAUAUCAAUAAUUAUUACUGUUGGUCGAUUUUGUAUUCUUUGUUUGGAAAAGGUAGAGAGUUAAGUCAACAUGUACAAAAAUGGUCCCCCACCGCCAUAUGAUCCCCCGCCAUGUGCACCUCCUAGUUAUUCCCAAUGUGUGGGUGGUGUUCCACCAGCCAGCCCAUUUACUCCAGCUGAAUCAUAUGCUGGUGGCCCUACUAUAGUCACUACAAUAGUUCCUCUGGGACCAGGAUCUACUCAUACUAUAUGUCCUCAUUGCCAUGCAGAAAUUGAUACUGCAACAAAAACAGAGCCUGGAAUGAUAGCUUAUAUUUCAGGAAUUGUUAUUGCAUUGCUGGGAUGUUGGUUGGGUUGCUGUCUGAUUCCAUGCUGCAUUGAUGAAUGCAUGGAUGUCCAUCACACUUGUCCAAAUUGCAAAGCUUAUCUGGGCCGUCAUCGAAGAUAAAUCUGAGAUAGAAUUGGCUUGCGACCGUGCUGCAUUUGAUUAAGGUAUAUACAGAAACCGUAACACCUUAGUUACGCUGUAUAAACAAGGAUAGAAUGUUUAUCUCUAGUUCACACGUGUGAGGGAGAUAUAUUCGGGAAUAUUUCGGUAGCCGAGCAGUCUGUUCUAGAAGUCUUAGAAUAUUUUGCAGCUAAAGGUAAUAAUCUAAUCAAUUUAAUGUUUCUUUAAUAUUCAGAAAAUUAAAAUCGCUUAAUAUUGUCGAUCACGAUUAUUGCUUUUGAAAAGAAAAAAAAAGAUUAUCAUACCUCUUACGAAUUUCAUAGAAGGUAGGGCAGCUUUUCUUGUUUACAUACAAUCUAAUCAGAUUCUACAAAAGGGUAGCUAUUACCAUUCUUAUAUCAGUUACACUUGUCAUCUCAGUAAAUUACUGAUAUAAUCACUCAAAGACAAAGAUCAAUCUUAUUUUACAUUCUACACAAUGGCUCAGUAUAGACAUCAUCGGUAUUGUGUUCAGAGUUUUAUCAGUAUGAGUAUCGAUAAGUAAUAUAUUGCUGCAUUUUCAGUUAUUCGAUGAAGAUAAAUGAAACGAUGCAGUAUUCAUUUAUUAUAUAAUGGAUACAGUGGUCCAAUUAUCUUUUAAGUAUUCUAUUACGUUCUGUUACAAGAUGUAGACACUACAGGUGGACAGAAUAAAUUCUAGUAAAAUUCAUAAAUAGAAAUUAAAUUUGAUAUAAACUAAUGGUCACAUAAUUGAUCACAUAUCAAAACGAAAAUCGAUCAGUCUACAAUAUUCCGAAUAGUAUUAUCUCUCUUAUUCUAGAACUAUCCACUAUAUUCAUUAUUCACAGAUAUAAUUAACGUUAUAACGCGAUUCCGUGAUUAAUUGCCUCACAUAUACAUUUUUACAAUUGAUAAUACAAUUAUUUAAAAAUAAAUAGCAAUUAAGCAACUCUUUUAUAUCACUGCAUACUGCCAACGUUCAAAUAGUCUUGUGAUUCUAUCACAAAGAUAAAGCAUGCAAGUAAUAUUGUCUAAGUCUAAGUGAUCUGAAUGUCAAUUCUGAUGAAAUGCGCUAAAACAAAGAAGUCACCUCGACUAUUUUUCUACCAGUGAAAACAAAAUUUGUGCUCGAUAUUAUUUCAGUGAAUAUUUUUUGUUUUUUGAUGACUCAUCCGAAUGCUGCAAUAAUAAAUUCAAUCGGCAUAUUUAAAAGAUGAUGUGAUUUCAAGAUAUAUUUGGCAUAUAAAGAAACAAUAAUUGGCAUUGUGUAUAUAUUAUAAAUUGUAUCUUUAUCAGAGUUAUUAAUAUUCAAAAAUCUUUUGUUUAGUCUAUAAUAUUUGAAAAACAAUCUUUCAAUUUACAUUGGGUUUUACUUCCUAAAUUACAUGAUGAAGCUUAAUAACUUAUCUAAUGAAGAAGUAUAAAAUUUCUGCAAUUUUUAGCAUAUUUGUGUUUGUCGUCGCCAAUAAAAAUUAAUAUUCAUAUAACAGGGCACUGAGGUUGACAUUUAUAGCAAGAGAUAGUAUAUUUGAAUAAUUGUUGCUCGAUUCUAAUUAAUUGGCUAUCCUGGGCACGGCAGUAUUAUUGCUUCCCUUGUCCAUUUAUUGCCAAACAAAUUAUUUAUAGUACAUAUGAUAAAUGGGGAGAAAAGGUUGUAUAGCACUAACUUCUUGCCAUAUUGUUUUAACUAAAAUGAGCUUCAUUGUUUAGAUUGUAUUUGUAUAAAUAUAAAUGGAAAAGUAUAUUUUCAAUGGGCAUUGGAAUUAUAUGUUAUUAACUAUCUUAAAUAUAAGCUAUCUGCAUUAAUUAUGGGAGAACUAUGUAUGUUACCGUGCCUUAAUCAAGCCGUUUAAUAAGAAUCAAAAUUAUCUUUCAGUUGGAGUUACUUCUUAUACAUUAUUUAAGUUUGUCUGCUUACAAUAUCAAUAUUGUUAAGUUUAUAUUACGCUUGAUUGAUUAGAGGAUUAAUGCACAUUCAUGCAAAGUCCUUGUUGAUGUUAAUCGGUUAAUUUAAGUGUUUCAAUAAAAAGCAUCUUAUUAGCGUCUCAGUGCCUUUAAGUGCCAGAGGUGUCGCAAUAUAAGAUUAGUCAUAUAUGUAUACAAUUUGCAAGCAGUCUAACGGAUAUAGUACCUUUUUUUAAAAUCUAUUGAACUCAUAUUCUUGUAUUAAUUAAGUUAAAUUGAUAUCUUUUUGUAACGUAGGACAAAUGUAAUACAUAGAUAUGAAAUCUUUAAUCUAGAAAUAAAUCUUUCAAUCACUGUGUAAGUCAAAGCUACCAACAUACAAUGAAGUGUAUGUACACCGUUACUAGGUUUUGUAAAGAAUAUGCGCAUAAUAAAUAACGACAUACUAAA